UGCGUUUAAUCUCGCAAAAAAUACCCAGAAGCUUGCCUUAGUUCCGAAACCUGAACAUGGCGGAAACCGGCGACAGCAAGUCACCGGCAGCUAAUCCCAACUCUGAAACUACCUCUCCGCCACCGCCACCGCCACCACCACCUCCACUUCAACAGCCACAGCAUCAGCCACAGACACCGUCACAGCCACAACUACAACCACCGCCACAAACACCGUCACAGCCACAGCCAGCACCACAGCAACCUCAAACUGAACUUUUGCCCCCAAAGUGUCCCCAACAACUGGAAUCCUCCCCAAACCCAACCACCCCCUCCGCCACCGAUUCCAAAGACGUGACCCCCACUACCCUCUCUUCCCGCCUCACUGAGCCUGAUUAUAUUUAUAUCCCCAGCUACUCCCGUUGGUUUUCAUGGAAUAGCAUACAUGAAAGUGAGGUUCGAUUUCUUCCUGAAUUUUUCGACGGAAGAUCACCUUCUAAGAACCCUAGGACUUACAAAUACUAUAGGAAUUCCAUUAUUCGUAGAUUCAGAGAAAAUCCCACUAAAAAAAUAACCUUUACUGAGGCUCGCAAGACCAUUAUUGGUGAUGUGGGUUCAAUUCGUAGGGUUUUCGAUUUCCUGGAGACAUGGGGCUUGAUUAACUACACUGCUAACUCUUCCAAAUUGCUGCUCAAGUGGGAAGAAAAAGAGUCUAAGUCUACUUCUUCUGCUUCCGCAGCUCCGCAAAAUGCUGAUGCUAAUGGAACUACUCCCACUGAUUUUACUGCCCCCAAGAAGAGACUUUGCAGUGCCUGCAAAUCAGCUUGCAGCAUUGCCUGUUUUGUUUCUGAUAAGUAUGAUUUGACUCUUUGUGCAAGAUGCUAUGUCCGUGGUAAUUUCAGAGUCGGCAUGAAUACUUCAGAUUUUCGGCGCGUUGAAAUUAGUGAAGAAGUUAAGACAGAUUGGACCGACAAAGAAACUUUGCACCUUUUAGAAGUUCUUAUGCAUUAUGGCGAUGAUUGGAAGAAGGUUGCUGAGCAUGUUGGUGGCAGAAGCGCAAAAGAAUGUGUGGCUCGAUUUGUGAAGCUUCCUUUUGGUGAGCAGUUUAUGGGCCCUCCCGUAUCUGCAGAAGUGGAUAAUGAACCUGGGUCUGAAACUAUACUUCUUCCAUCCAAGAGAAUGCGCCUCACACCCCUUGCUGAUGCUAGCAACCCAAUUAUGGCUCAGGCUGCUUUCCUUUCUGCUCUAGCGGGAAAAGAGGUUGCAGAAUUAGCAGCACAUGCCGCUGUUACGGCUUUGUCUGAUAAUGGUGAGGGAAUAACGAAAGGGAGUCUAGGAUCUCUACCUGGUGUUUUGGAGAAGAAAGAAUCGGACGGCACUUCCAAUGGGAUUGCCAAGGAUACACUUGAAAGAGCUCUUGUUGAAGCACGGUCUCAGCUUGAGGAGGAGGCACAGGACCUAGAGAGAGCCGUCUCCGAUGUGGCUAUCGAGGCCAAGGAGAUUGAGGACAAAAUUGCUCGUUUUGAGGAACGUGAUUUGCAGAUGGAAAAGGAGUGGCAACAGCUGAUGCAGCUUAAGAACCUGAUCUUCUUUGAUCAGCUUACUUUGCUGCUAAAUAAAGUUGGUUCUGCAAAAGCUGGAGAAACCAUUGGGGAGGAGGUGAUGAAUGUUAAGGCAGAAUGACAAAUCCCCUGGUAUAAUAUGGUCUCUUAGUUGCUUACCAACAUAGUGAGAUCUAGUUAUUUCAUAUUUGUCAAAUAUUAGGUAGUGGCAAAUUCUAAGGAAUCAGAAAGCAGAAUGAAUUUCUUUAGCUGCUAACCCCUGUUCUUUUCUAUAUUUUCUGACUUACAUGAUGUAUUCCCCUCUCCCAGUUCCCUGAGAAGCAGCAACGUUGCCUAUAUUAAAAGAAAACAAUACAAGGGAUUUAAAGUCAGCUGGUCUUGCAGAA